AUGGACAACCAUCUUCUUUACUCUGCUUCUACAACAACAGCUCCUACGAUAAGACGUAAAUCUACGUCAUUCGCGACUGCUACAGCAACCACAACCACUACAGUUUCUUCACGCAAGCAAAUAGCAACUUCAUCAACACCACCCAAGGCAUCAACAACCACCACCACCACUGCUACAGUUAAAAUGUACAAGGCUAAAUCUCCACCAUCGCCCAAGCUUUCGACCACUACCACUUCGCCACGACCAGAACCAACUAUUAUCAAACGAAGAAACUCGUCAUUUGCUAAUACGUCAUCGCCUUGGUUUAGGCGAAACUCAUUCCUAUCACCCACUAUGAUCCAGGAUGAGAAUUUUAAUGUUUACGAAUCUGGUAAUUCGUUUUAUUCUGGUGUUGGUAGUGGCGGUCAAUAUAUAUCAAACUAUUCCAUAAUCUCAUUACGCGAAUGCCAGGGGUUUUUAUUCAAUCAGGAUUUGUUUGCUACUCCGUAUCAACAAGUGCGGUCACAAGCUAAUGCAAAGAGGUAUAGAUCAAGUUUUUCUCAACGGAGACGCAGUGGUAAUGGGAAUGGUACUGGUGAUAGAAGGUGUCGUGAUGGUGAUUAUGAAAGGAGACAUACUAGUUACCAUCCGCAGCGACCACAAUUUGAUAAUUCUAUGGUUUCUGACAAUGCAGUUGUUGACGAUGAUGAUGAUGAUGAUGACGAUGAUGAUGGUGAGGAUGAGGAAAUGCAUGAUGCUGACGAAGAAUUCCCGACUAAUGAGAGUAAGGGUGAGAGAAGACGCUUAGAUGAGGAUGGGGAGGAUGAGGAUGGGGAAGAUGAAGACGAGGAUGGAGAAGAUGGAGAAGACGAUGAAGAUGAGGAAGACGAAGACGAUUAUAGAGAAAUGCAUGAAUACGGAGGUGACUUCAAUAAUAGGCGAUACAGAGUACGUGUGACUGAAAUUGUUGUUGACGAAAAAGAAGAUAAUGAUAUUUUUCCGACCUCGGAGAUAUAA